AUGGGCCCAGAACUGGAUCUGCUCUCCUUCAACUCGGCCCUCAGUGCCUGUGCGGCGAGCUCGGCCUGGCUCGACGCGCUGAAUCUCUUCGAGGUAGUCCAAGCCGCUGAUCUCCGGGCAGAUGCCAUCACCUACAGCGCUGCCUUGACAGCUCACGGGGCCGCCUCUUCCUGGCGGGAAGCGCUGGCAUUGUUUGCGGAGCUCCACGCGUUGGAGCGUUCCGACAGUGGUGCGGCCGCUGCGGCCAUGGCUGCGUGCGGUGCUGCCUCCGAGUGGACCGCAGCGUUACGGAUGCUCGAAGUCGAGGAAGCGGCCAGCGAGGUGGUGGACACACGUGUGAUGCGGAUGGCCUGCGCGGCAUGCUGUCAGGGUCACCAGUGGCAGCGAGCUUGCUUGCUUGCCCUCACACUGGCGGAGUUGUCCGCGCUUGUCGACACGCAGCUCUACAGCAUGAUCAUCGCUGCACAGAUGAACGCUGGAUGA